CGCCGCCGCCCGACGCGUCGAUUUUCCAUCGCACACAAUGGCAAAGAAAGGCAAGACCGAGCACGAGCAGAGCUACUCGCCGCGCGACAUCGUCCUCGCCAAGGUGCGCGGGUACCCUGCAUGGCCCGGCAUGGUCGUCGACCCGGACACCGUCCCGCCCACCGUCGCCAAGGAGCGGCCACAGGGGAAAAAGAGCACGUUCUACUGCGUGCGCUUCUUCCCAGCCGGCGAUUACGCGUGGAUAGUGCCCAAGGACAUCUCGCGGCUGCAGAAGCACGAGAUCGAGGCGUACAUCUCCGAGCCGCACAAAAAGUCGGGGGACCUGCUCAUCGGGUACAAGACGGCCCUGAACCCCGAAAAAUGGGAGGAGGAGCGUGAGAACGCGCGUGCGGAGUACGAACAGUACGAGGCAGAGGCGGAAGUCGACCAGCUGGAGAGCGAGGUCGGCGAAGACGAGGACGGGGAGAAGAAGCCGAAGCCCAAGAAGCGAAAGAGGGAGAUGGAGACGCCUGCAAAGUCCAAGGCCAAGUCCAAGGCGAAGAAGGAGCCCUCAGAGACGCCCGCUAAGAAGAAGGCCACGGGCGGGAGAAAGAAGAACGGCACUAAAUCCAAUGCAAUGGUCGAAUCUGAAGACGAAGGUGGUGCCGACGCAGAUGCUCAUGCCUCGAGAGGCAAGGAAGAGUCAGCGCCACCCACGAAGAGGAGCAAGCGGGAGGAGGACGAGGCCGAUUCUGCACUAACGAACGAUCCGGAGGCUACGAAAGUCAAGGAUUGGAGACAUAAGCUGCAAAAGGCCUUCUUAAAUACUAAAGCUACUCCCAAGCCUGAGGAAAUGCCCGACUUGGACAAGCUAUUCACUACUGUCGAGACCUACGACAACAUGACGCUCGAAUAUCUGCAAUUCUCCAAGAUCGGCAAAGUUAUGCGCCACAUACACGCAUUAAAGACUGAGCAAGUUCCCCGAGACGACGAAUUCAAGUUCCGCGAACGCGCGAAGGUUCUUGUUGACAAGUGGCACGAAAUCCUGGACGCUAAGAAGGAGAAACCUGCCGGACCCAACGGCACGACCCCGGCCAAGAAGGAGGAAAAGGAGGAGAGCGAGGCGCCGAAAGCAGAAGCUGCGAAGGAAGAGGCGAAGGAAGAGGGCUCCGAGAAGAUGCAGGUCGACACGGCGGAGGGCCCUGCUCCUGCUGCGGAGCCCGAGGCAGCCCCAGCCGUGGAAGAGAAAGCCAACGAGAUGGACGUCGAGUCAACGGAAAAGCCCAAGGAAGAGGCUCCGGCGGAGGCGGCAGCAGGCGAUGUCUCUGCUGUGACGGAGCAGGGUGAUGUCUCCAUGGCAGAAUAAAACGCUCAUUUUGCCCUUGCUCGAAAACCCUAAGCGUGCGUCCUCUAUGCGGUAUGUCUACCGUGCACCCGGCAGCCCUACAUCCCUAUAUGCAUUGCAUUUUCACCGCCAACAACAGUGAUGUCCUCCGGCUGUCGCCCCUCAUGCCAGCCCGUCCUGUAUUUGCCCUGUCCCUUCCGAGCCGUAUAAUCGACCUUUUGGCACCUCCAGUCUUCACUUUUCUGUACUGUCCUUUUAUUUGCCAUACUCUACUUACUUGUGAAUAGGCCGAAUUGUAGGAGAUAUCAUAUGAGACCUACAUGUAUCAUGAUCUGUAUGCGCGGCGUGAAACGUGAGCUAUAAACGACGAUAGGAAACGUAUUCCUUUCUUCCUUAGGACCACCAGUGCCGUCAAUGGUUUUAGUACUGAGUUAAAGAAUCUCUUGCAGCUCCU